AUCAGUGGAACAAUUAUAAAUGUAGUAUUUUUAAAUUUAUUUUUCUAAAAAACAAACAAAAAACUAAACAAAAAACAAAGCAAAACCGGAAUGAAAGCCCCAAAUUCACAGCGAAAAAUAAAAAAAAUUAAAAAAUUGAACAGAGCGACGAACAAAAUUUUUUUUUUUUUUUUUUUUUUUUUUUUGUGAAGAAAGAGACUCGGCUGCGGCGUCUGGAGGGUUAACUUUCUGUAUUCCCAGCCUAAAAAGAGGUUUGGGGGCUAUGAGAUAAAGAUGCCGGGGUCGCUGAGUAAUGAAGACGAGGGACAAGACGACAUGGAUUUUGAAGACGAUAUGCCAGAUGAGGAUGACGAAGGUGAGCGCCACACUGUUCCCCUCUCUUCACUCGCCAGCUUCUUCUCUGAUGAUGAUUCCCUCAAACAGCAAAAGAAAAAGAAGCCCAAAAAGAUAAAAGAGGGGAAAAUACCCAAGGUUAAAAGGAGGAAAAAAGAGGGAGGACUCCAGGCAAGAGUGGACAGUGACCUGGAGGAGACAUCAGAGGUGGAGGAGGAACAGGAAUGUCCGGAAAUAGGUUCUGAGAGUGAGAGCAGUGCAUACGGGCCCACCAAAAAGAAGAAAAAGAAACCCAGGGAGAAGAAAGAAAAAAAGCCCAGAAAAAAAAAGAGAGAUGAGGAGGAGGAGGAUGAUGACGAUGAUGAUGGAAACAUGAAAGAACCCAAAUCAUCCAGUCAACUGAUGCAUGAAUGGGGUCUUGAGGAUGUUCAGUAUGGCUUCACAGAGGAUGACUAUAAAACCAUCACCAACUACAAGGCUUUCAGCCAGUUCCUCAGGCCUCUCAUUGCCAAGAAGAACCCGAAGAUUCCCAUGUCAAAGAUGAUGACAGUGUUAGGGGCCAAGUGGCGUGAGUUCAGUGCCAACAACCCGUUCAAAGGCGCAUCUGCCACUGCUGUGGCUGCUGCUGUGGCUGCCGCCGUGGAAACGGUUACUGUGGCUCAGCCAACGUCUGUCAGCAGCAGCCAGCUGGGCUCUCAGCUAGGGCCAAUCAAAAAAGCCAAAACCAAAGAAGGAAAGGGACCAGGAGUUAGGAAGAAAAGCAAGUCUGUGAAAGAAGUGAAGAAGAAACCCAAACCGAAGAAGACCAAAACAAAGUCUGGCCAAAGUGGGAAGAAAAAGAAAGUAUCCUCGAGUGAGGAGGACUUCCUGGAGGAGUCAGACUUUGAUGACAUCAGUAUCCACAGUGCCUCUGUGCUUUCUGAUACCUUGGGGGCUGCCACCAAGAAAAAGUCCCGACGUGGGCGGAAAAAAAGGAAAAAGGAGGAUGGUGAUGGUUAUGAGACAGACCAUCAGGACUAUUGUGAGGUUUGCCAGCAGGGUGGAGAAAUUAUCCUGUGUGACACUUGUCCUAGAGCUUACCACCUGGUUUGUCUUGACCCUGAGCUGGAGAAGGCACCUGAAGGAAAAUGGAGCUGUCCACACUGUGAAAAAGAGGGAAUCCAGUGGGAGGCCAAAGAUGAGGAAGAAGAUGAGGAGGAUCCUGCAGGUGAGGAAGAGGAUGACCACAUGGAGUUUUGUCGAGUAUGUAAAGACGGAGGAGAGCUUCUGUGUUGUGACACCUGCCCGUCGUCCUACCACAUCCACUGCCUCAACCCACCUCUGCCUGAGAUCCCAAACGGAGAGUGGCUAUGUCCGCGCUGCAUGUGCCCUCCUCUCAAAGGUAAAGUGCAAAAGAUUCUGCACUGGACGUGGGGAGAACCCCCGCUGCCGGCUGAACUGCCUCCAGGCCCUGAUGGAAAGCCAGCUGAUCCACUGACCAAGCCACCACUCAAGGGCCACCCAGAGAGGGAGUUCUUUGUAAAGUGGGCUGGCCUUUCAUACUGGCACUGCUCCUGGGCCAGCGAGCUGCAGUUGGAGCUGUAUCACACAGUCAUGUAUCGGAACUACCAGCGGAAGAACGACAUGGAUGAACCUCCACCGUAUGAUUAUGGUUCUGGAGAGGAGGAGCUCAACAAUGAGAAAAGGAAGAGCAAAGACCCUCAGUAUGCUGUGAUGGAGGAGCGCUUUUACCGCUAUGGCAUUAAACCAGAGUGGAUGGUUAUCCAUCGGAUAGUCAAUCACAGUUUUGACAAGGAUGGUGAUGUGCAUUACCUGAUCAAGUGGAGAGACCUACCAUAUGACCAGUGCACCUGGGAGGUGGAUGAUUUCGACGUUCCAGAGUAUGACAGUCAUAAAGCUUCAUACUGGGACCACAGGGAGCAAAUUUUAGGAGAGGAUCAGCGCCCCCUUGUGGUGAGGAAAGGAAAGAAGCCCAAAGAGGACCAUCCAAAGAGAGAAGUCCCUCCUGAUGCUCCUAUCAUUGAUCCAACCAUCAAAUUUGAGCACCAGCCCUGGUACAUCAAUGCCACUGGAGGAACUCUGCACCCAUAUCAACUGGAAGGCCUGAAUUGGUUGAGAUUUUCCUGGGCACAGGGCACAGAUACCAUCCUGGCUGAUGAAAUGGGCCUAGGAAAGACUGUACAGACUAUAGUUUUUCUCUACUCACUGUAUAAAGAGGGUCAUUCUAAGGGGCCUUUCUUGGUGAGUGCACCUCUGUCCACUAUCAUCAACUGGGAGAGAGAAUUUGAGAUGUGGGCUCCAGAUUUCUAUGUGGUCACUUACACUGGAGACAAAGACAGCAGAGCAAUUAUCAGGGAGAAUGAGUUCACAUUUGAAGACAGUGCGGUAAAAUCUGGACGCAAAGUUUUUCGUAUGAAGAAAGAUACCCCUAUCAAGUUCCAUGUACUGCUGACAUCUUAUGAGCUGAUUACUAUUGAUCAAGCCAUCCUGGGCUCCAUCACCUGGGCCUGUCUGGUUGUAGAUGAGGCACACAGACUGAAGAACAACCAAUCAAAGUUUUUCAGAAUUCUCAAUGGGUAUAAGAUCUACUACAAGCUGCUGCUCACUGGUACGCCUCUACAGAACAACCUAGAGGAGCUGUUCCAUCUGCUUAACUUCCUCACCCCAGAGCGCUUCAAUAACCUGGAAGGCUUUUUGGAGGAAUUUGCAGAUAUCUCUAAAGAAGACCAGAUCAAGAAACUCCAUGACCUGCUCGGACCUCACAUGCUCAGGAGGCUCAAAGCUGAUGUCUUUAAGAACAUGCCUGCAAAGACAGAACUGAUUGUCAGAGUAGAACUCAGUCCCAUGCAAAAGAAAUAUUACAAAUUUAUUUUGACACGAAACUUUGAGGCUCUGAACUCUAAAGGUGGAGGGAACCAAGUGUCUCUACUCAACAUUAUGAUGGACCUGAAGAAGUGCUGCAACCACCCCUACCUGUUCCCUGUGGCUGCAGUGGAGGCUCCUGUUUUACCCAACGGCUCUUAUGACGGCAACCUGCUGGUGAAGUCCUCAGGAAAAUUGACGCUGCUUCAGAAAAUGCUUAAGAAACUCAAAGAUGAAGGCCACAGAGUUCUUAUUUUCUCUCAGAUGACAAAGAUGCUGGAUCUGCUUGAGGAUUUUCUAGAGUUUGAGGGUUAUAAAUAUGAACGUAUUGAUGGGGGGAUUACUGGAGGCCUGAGGCAGGAGGCCAUUGACCGUUUCAAUGCUCCGGGCGCGCAGCAGUUCUGCUUCUUGCUUUCAACACGAGCUGGAGGUCUGGGCAUCAAUCUGGCUAGUGCAGACACUGUCAUCAUCUAUGACUCUGACUGGAAUCCACACAAUGACAUCCAAGCUUUUAGCAGAGCCCACCGUAUAGGUCAAAACAAGAAGGUGAUGAUCUACCGGUUUGUGACUCGAGGUUCUGUGGAGGAGAGAAUUACUCAGGUGGCGAAGAGGAAAAUGAUGCUGACUCACUUGGUGGUACGACCUGGCCUCGGCUCCAAAACUGGCUCCAUGUCCAAACAAGAACUGGAUGACAUCCUCAAAUUUGGAACUGAGGAGCUUUUUAAAGAUGAAAUGGAGGCAGCACGAACCAUGGGGGAUAACAAAGAUGGUGAGGAGGGCAGCGUGAUUCACUAUGAUGAUGAUGCCAUUUCAAAGCUGCUCGAUCGCAGCCAGGAUGCCACUGAAGACACCGAGAUACAGAACAUGAACGAGUACCUGAGCUCCUUUAAGGUGGCUCAGUAUGUGGUGAAAGAAGAAGAUGGUGAGGAGGAGGUGGAGCGGGAGAUAAUCAAGCAAGAGGAGAACGUGGACCCCGACUACUGGGAAAAGCUUCUCCGUCAUCACUAUGAGCAGCAGCAGGAGGAUCUGGCCAGAAACCUGGGCAAAGGCAAACGCAUCCGGAAGCAGGUCAACUACAACGAUACGACCCAGGAGGACCAAGAAUGGCAGGAUGAUCUUUCAGACAAUCAGUCGGAGUACUCUGUGGGGUCCGAGGAUGAGGACGAAGAUUUUGAAGAGAGGCCUGAAGGUGGACGCAGACAGUCUCGCCGGCAGCUCAAGAGUGAGAAGGACAAACCCCUGCCACCCUUACUGGCACGUGUUGGAGGCAGCAUUGAGGUCCUGGGGUUCAAUGCUCGACAGAGGAAAGCCUUUCUCAAUGCCAUCAUGCGCUGGGGCAUGCCUCCUCAGGAUGCAUUUAACUCACAUUGGCUGGUUAGGGACCUGAGAGGGAAGAGCGAGCGAGAGUUCAGGGCCUAUGUGUCUCUGUUCAUGAGACAUUUAUGUGAGCCAGGGGCCGAUGGAGCAGAGACCUUUGCUGAUGGAGUCCCCCGUGAGGGCUUGUCUCGUCAGCAUGUUCUCACCAGGAUCGGAGUCAUGUCACUUGUCAGGAAAAAGGUGCAAGAGUUUGAGCACGUAAACGGGAAACUGAGCUCUCCAGAUCUUAUUCCCAUUGGCAUGGAGCUGAAAAAACUCACUGAGAGUGUAUCUUCUGAACCCAACACCCCUGUGCCAGCCAGUCCUGUUGCUACCCAGCCUGGCACCCCCAUCCCACCAGAAAAGACUGAGUCUUUGGUUGGUUCUGCUGAGGACAAGGAGACCACAGAACAAGAUGGAAAGAAACUGUCAGAGCAGGAACAGGCUUCCAGUGCAGAAGCAGCACCUGGACCUGAGAAGGCCGCUGACAGUGAGGAGAGCAAGGCCAGCUCAGUGGAGAAAACUGGAGAUGAGCGGAACAGAACCGAAUCCCCCUCCACAAAGUCUGAGCUAUCUGCUAACCCGAAAGAGUCUCCUUUCAAACAGACAGAUAUACCAUUUAGUCAUUCCUCACCUAAGAUGGACCCCUGCAAAGAAAACGAGAAGUUCUCAGAAAAAGGAGACGCUGGUUGUCCUCUAGAAAAAACUGAAGACAAAGAAAAUAAGUCAGAUGAUGUGAAGAGUGAAGAUGCAUUAGAGGGUCGAUUAAAUGGAGACAAAGACACUUUGGAUGAGAUGGAUGAGGGCAGAAAGGAAGACAAAAAUGGAUUCAAAGCCAAGUUCAUGUUUAAUAUCGCUGAUGGCGGCUUUACAGAGUUGCACACCCUCUGGCAAACCGAGGAGCGAGCGGCACUGUCUUCUGGAAAAAUGCAUGACAUCUGGCACCGUCGCCAUGACUAUUGGCUUCUGGCUGGCAUUGUAACACAUGGCUAUGCUCGCUGGCAAGACAUUCAGAAUGAUCCCCGUUACGCAAUUCUGAACGAGCCAUUCAAAACUGAGAUGCAUAAAGGAAACUACCUAGAGAUGAAGAACAAGUUCCUGGCUCGUCGCUUUAAGUUGCUAGAGCAGGCUCUGGUGAUUGAGGAGCAGCUACGCAGGGCAGCUUACCUCAACAUGACCCAGGAUCCCAGUCACCCGGCCAUGGCUCUCAACACCCGCUUUGCUGAGGUGGAAUGUUUGGCCGAGUCUCAUCAACACCUGUCCAAAGAGUCUCUGGCUGGGAACAAGCCUGCCAAUGCCGUGCUGCACAAAGUGCUGAACCAGCUGGAGGAGCUUCUGAGUGACAUGAAAGCAGAUGUGACGCGACUACCCAACAUGUUGUCCAGGAUCCCACCGGUGUCGGCCCGCCUGCAGAUGUCUGAGAGGAGCAUCCUGAGCCGUCUCACCAGCCGAGGCAGCGAACCUCCACCACAGCAGCCUUUUAGCCAGGGUGGCUUUAGCUGCUCCCAGAUGUACAGCAGCAGUUUUGGAGGGGGAUUCAGAGGACCAGGUGGACAGCCCAUGGUCAACUACAGUCACAUGCCCCUAGGACCUUACGUCAGCGUUUCUUCUAACGGCCCCCCACCUCCCACAAGCCAUCUGGACAAGAAAUCACUGGACUCCUUGAGAGAUGUGGCUACGCCUGACCUCAAGUCAGGCAAACCCAGUGAUGUCAUCUGUAUUGAAGACUAGACCAGCUCUGUAUCAAUGACCUGAGGUCAGAAACUCCCAGGGAUGGAAUCUGUGUGGAUGACUGCUGCCCUUCUUUUACGCUACAUCCUCCUCUUUCUCCUGCUCCUUCCUUUCUCAUAAUCUACUAAAUCAAGCUCUCUGCUGUGUGUGGAUAAGGCAAUUAACUUUUUUGAUUCAUGCAGAUGUAUCUAUCUUAACAAUUGCACUUUUAAUCUUUCAAGGAUCCUAUAGAAGUAUUUCAGUAGGUUUUUGUUUUGUUUAUCUGUGAUGGAGAACUGCAGAUCAGGAGGGAAAUGAAGCAACUUCCUUGGAAGAGGACUUUAUGAGCCCUGCACUACAUCAUGAAACUCAAGCAAGUUGAGUUUCUGAUGAUCUUGAUUGGGCCUCAUUUUAUUCAUGGAAUGUGAAUUUUGUUUGUGCAAGUUGAAACUUUUCCAUCCCGUGUGCGCCCUCUUGCUUUUAUCCAUUUGCCAAUGCACUGUACACUGUGACUGUGCUGCUCUGGAGCUUUUCCCUAUGGAGAGAAGAGUAGAGAAGAGAAGAGAAGAGAAGAGAAGAGAAGAGAAGAGAAGAGAAGAGAAGAGAAGAGAAGAGAAGAGACACUGAGGACAUUUUCAGUCAUAGUUUGAUAUGAGAUUGUUUAUGAAGGCCAAUAUCUUUAAAGUUACUUUACAUAUCAUUAACCUCAUAGCAUAAUUGCCUAAGUCAUAUUUUAAGGUUUUCAGUAUUGAUAAUGCACAGUAAAUCAGCAGUGUUCGGAGUGUAGAAUUAGAUGUCAUAAUUUGGGCAAACUAUGACCUAGGCAAUUAUGCUCUGAAGCUAACAAUAUGUGUUUUUUAUCAUUCUUGUUGUAACCAGUGGGAAAAGAUAUUGAUUUUAAAGCAUCAAAAACUAUAAUGUAUGCAGUAGCAGGACAUUGGCUGAAUCUUUUACAGACUGCCACCUGCUGGUAACUUGGAGAAAGUAGCUCCGGGUACAGCUGCAGAUACACCUGACUGCAGCAGCUGUGAAGGCUGGCCUCUUGUACUGUAUAUAUACUCACAGACAGCUGUUUAUUUUUACCUCAUGUAGGUCUAAUAGUAGUAAAAAUAUGUACACCUAUAUGGAUGAGGUAAGAGGCUUGGCUUGGCGUACAUGAAAAUCAAGCAGAGCAGAAAACUUUACCAAGAAGGCAUUUUCAUGCAUUUUAGAGAAGACUCAGUUUUACUGUGUACGGUACUUUGUGAUUCUUUCUUUACUCCAAUGUUAGUAUUAGCUGUGGAGCUUAAUCCUGGGGCCAUGAACGGGAGUGCAUCUGGUCCACAAACAGGGCUUUAGUGUUCAGGCUAACUCAAAUCCCUGAAUGCAGGGUUGUAUUUUUUCCUUCUCUUGUAUCCCAGGAACUUUCUGGGUUCCAUUUUAAUUGUUAUGAUAUAUUAGGAGCAUAUGUGCUUAUGAUACAAUGUCACAUUCAGUUUAGUAUAAUAACCAAGAUUUUGUUUCCCUCUUUAUGUGGUAGAACGGGACAUAGUUGGUCACCUGGUGCCGUUAUAAAUUCAGAAUGAUUUGUUCCUUGAUGCAGUGUAUUCCUCCACAGAGGCAGAGCCUGUGAAUUGAUGGUGCCACAGUUGGAGCAUUCAUCUGAAGGAAUGUUCUCUAUUUGUCAACCUUUACGGACCAAUAUUGCACAGCAUUAUUUUCAGAUUAUAUGUUCGCCUACAGUUCUCUCAGUCAGUCUUUGUUUCUUUUCAAAUCUGUUGAAAGCAUGUUAGUAUUACAGCUUUUACUAUUUCUGUGCUAAACUGACUUCAUUAAAUGUAACAAUGUUCUUUUUUUCUUUUUUAUCAGUAAAUUUCCAAAACUGUUGGGUCAAUGUUAAA